AUGCAGAAGUUAUUUACAGAGGGACUGGCUGAUCCUCGUGUGAGGCAGAUCAAGAUCAAGACCAGCGUGGUGAAGCGAUUGGUCAAAGAAAAAGCGAUGUACGAAAAAGAAGCAAAACAACAAGAAGAAAAGAUUGAAAAAAUGAAAGCUGAAGAUGGGGAAAAUUAUGCCAUUCAAAAGCAGGCAGAGAUCCUCCAAGAGUCCCGGAUGUUGAUCCCAGAUUGCCAGUGCAGAUUGGAAGCUGCAUAUACAGAUCUUCAGCAGAUAUUAGACAAUGAAAAAGAUUUGGAAGAAGCUGAAGAAUAUAAAGAAGCACGUUUAGUACUGGGCUCAGUGAAGUUAGAAGCCUGAAACUUUUCUGUACAGGGUAUUUUUUGCAUUAAAUCCUGGGGUCCAUUCUACAAUUCA